AUGGCCGCCGAUCCCAGCGCGGUAGACAGCGACGUGGUGAUGGGCGAACCAGACACAACAACCAUCCACCCUCUCCAAGCAUUACCAGUGGACCGCGCAGAUACUGUUAAUGAGCAGCUUGGUGAGCGGAGGCGCAAGAUGAAGAGAAAGUGCAAGUCGGCAUUUGAGGACGACCCUCUUGUCGGGCCCCUUCCUCCUUCCGUCUGGAAGCUGGUGUUUGCUGCCUACUACCAGGACAUCAAGACAGAAUGGCUCGACACUCGCAUCAUCACUGGUGCUCUCGUUCCACUCCUCCUCACUAGAUCCCUCCUCCCCUGUGCUGUCGAAGCGCUCUACCACUCCCCCUGUGUCCCUUACGAAAGAGUGACUGCCUUCUGCAGAGCCAUAUCUACGCUCGAGGACAAGCGCACCCUUUCGCGUAACACUCUCCCCCCCGAUCCCUACGAGCUCACAGCGCUCGGCCGCACCCGCGCGCCGCUGGUCCGCGACCUCACUCUCGAGGCGAGCGAAUAUCACUCGGCGAUCCACAUACCUACGCACCAGGAUGGUCCUAUCUGGGGUCUUGCCGCCAAGUGUGCUCCUCCCCCGCCGAGCGUACACGAGGAUGUUCGCCAGGUGUUGGCUCAACUGGACCUUGACCAGCUCACACUGUCUGUGCUGAUCGACGGCGGGGCUUCGGCGCUGCGUUUCCUCUCCGCCCUGAGCACCGUACGCACAAAGGUCAUGCGCCUCCAUCUCGCCUUUGAGCAAGGAGACGAACAGUUGCGGCCGGCCGUUGCGUCCACCCCCUUCCUCGUGCAGGCUGCCGUCUUUGAAGACCGUGUCGCGUCCGCAAGGGAAAAGAGGCUAGCCUUUACAGACUGGUUGAAGAGCUACCUCGCUGCUCGCACGGGCAAGGUGGAUUUCUCCAGUCACCCACCGCUCCUGCCGGCCCGCACUGAGGCCGAGUCACAGGCCAAGCCCAAGCGCCUGGGCCUGUUGAGUGGAACACCAACCCCGCCAGACCCCUUCGCCCACAGGUCGAAUGAACAGUCUGCAUAUAGCAGCAUCCUGAGCUUCUGGUUGGCCGAGCUGAACCGCGCCGCCCAUGCAGCCUACGACAUUAGCUCCAAACUUCAGCAGCAACUGCGGUCGGAGCCUAACCCCCUGCCGCCCUCUGAAGAACAGUACCUGUGGCGAUGCCACCAACCGUUGGUGCAAGAUCUCGUGCACCUCCCCCGCCCCAUCCCCACCCACUACGGUUUAACCACGUCCGUUGCAGUGAGGAAGGACAUUGCCGUGACGUGGGGCAGACCUGGGGAUCGCGAGUCGGAGACUCGUCCACAAGUCCUGGACAAGAUUUCUCGUCUAAACCGCUUGGCUGCCAGACAGAUCCAAGGGUUUGUCGACUGGCCACCCAUACACUUCGGCUCUCCCGAGCCGUCUACGCCGCCACCGCCACAGGCCGCUUCCACAACGUCUGACGAUGGGACCGACGCUUCUUUCGAGCCUGCUCCAGCCCACCGUGACAUUCGGAUUACCCUUGCGGAAGCAAGCGACGGCGAACAGCUCAUCGCGGCACUUCCGCCUAUAGUUGCCCAGGGGUUUACAUCCGCUGCGCACAUGGACGAUAGCAAACGCGUCACUCCGGUGUACUGGAUCGAGAAUCUCGUCCCGAUCCUUCCCCGGAGCUACGACGCUCCGCAGCCCAUUCUCGGCUUGGACGACACGACCACCUUGGUUGCCAUCUUUGGCCGUCGUUUUGCAGAGACACUGCAGGGCUGGCCGUUUGAGUCGCUCAGCAUCGUGGCCGCGGACCAGGCGGCCGCCAUGGCUCUGCGGGGUAUCUGGCGGUUCGUCGAGGUGCCGUGUAUCCGCGUCCGUGUGCCGCACGACAUGCACCCGUUGGACGUUUUGAGCCCAAAGGUCGAUCCGGGGACCGAGGAAAUGUUGGUGCCGCUCCUGAACGCCCGCACCCGCGUGUUCGAGCUCGACGUGUUCGACUAUGACGGUGACGAGCGAUGGUUUGACCACGAUAUUCCGGGCGAAGUGUCCCGUGUCGUCGCGGGAGACUGGCGACUUGGCGUACCAGGCAAAGACAUACACUCGACGACAUCUCCACUGGCGGCCAACCAGAAAUCCCCGGCCCCGAGCACCUUGUACACUGACCUGUACGAGGACGACGACGGCGCCCUCUCGGACUCGGCGUUCAGCUUCAACUCGGACGACAGUUAUGUGGAUGUCGACGAUGACGAGAUGGCUGCGUCGGGCGGCGAGGGCGAAGGGUACGAUGCCGAGGCGGCGCGGGAGCAGGCACGCAGGGUUGAGGAAAGGAAGAGGAAGCGGGCAGAGGAGGAGCUGGUGCAGGAGAUCGUGGAGGAGACGGGAGUCAUCUUGUUGUAG